AGCAUAUGUAGUCUUCAAUUUUCGUGAUCAAAACUCAAACCCAUAUAUGGCAGAAACAAGCUUCAAGAGGUUAAAUGCAGUGGUGACCGGCGGAAACAAGGGGAUUCGGUUUGAGAUAUGCAGGCAGUUGGCUUCUAACGGUGUUCUGGUUGUUUUAACAGCCAGAGACGAGAGCAGAGGCCUCCAAGCCCUUGAAAGGCUUAAAAAUGGUGACCCAUCUCUAGCAGACUACAUCAUCUUCCAUCAACUCGAUGUGGCAGACAGUUGCAGCAUUUCUUCCCUCACCAACUUCGUCACCACCCAGUUCGGGAAGCUUGACAUCUUGGUGAAUAAUGCUGGAAUACUUGUGGACAUAAUCGACGUAGAUGCCAUCAGAGCUGCUGCCGGGGUAGACAAGCAUCAGGGGCUAGAGGUCAUAUCAGGCGCAUACAAGUUGGCGGAGGAAUGCUUGAAAGCAAACUACUACGGCCCCAAACAGAUGAUGGAGACAUUCUUGCCUCUGCUUCAGCAAUCUGAUUCACCAACCAUUAUUUGCUGCCCAUGCAUGCAUGUUUUACGUCACAUGUCCAAGGCAGCACUGAACGCCUACAGUAGGAUGAUCGAUGCCAAGAAGAAGAAGUACCCAAAUCUGUGCAUCAACUGUGUUUGCCCGGGAUACGUGAAGACGGACAUUAACGCCAACACUGGGACCAGCACCGCCGGUGAAGGCGCUGCAGGUCCGGUCAAGCUCGCGUUGCUGCCCGACGGCGGACCUUCUGGUCGUUUCUUUCAUCAGACGGAGGAGGGAUCCUUCUGAUCGUUUUUCAAUAAUAAUAUUGUUUCCGUAGACAGAUCUGUCUUCGAUCAUUCGGCUUGCUGUACUAGAGUGGGGUUUUUUUUUUUUUUUGAAUUCGAGUGGUUUUUCAAUAAUGGAUCUGAUCGUAUCUAUGUAUGAGAGAUCAAUUGGCCUGGCUAGGGAUUGGUUAACAGUGUUUGUAAUGGGUUUAUUGCAUCAUUGGUUACUGAAUUUAUAACUUCUUUGCAUCUGGAGAAUUUUCCUAGCCCGACAAGACAACCAAUAGCUUUAGACUUUUUUUUUUCACGUACCAAUGCUCAUUAUUCAUCAAAUUUCAUUAAAUUUAUCUUACGAUA